AUGGCUCAGCCACUGGCCUUCGUUCUCGAUGUCCCUGAGACCCCAGGGGACCAGGGCUGUGAGUCCAGCCCCCAGGAUGAUGAGAGCGAGGUGCACCACUCCUUCUGCCAGCUCAUCCAGGAGCAGAGCCAGUGGGCAGCCGAGGAGGGGCUGGAGCUGCAGCAGAGGGAGCCAGCGCCUGGAGCUUGGGGGGCCCCAGAUGAUAGCCACCAGGCUCUCCUGGGGCCUGAGGUUGCCCCGGCCCACAGCACAGCCACGCUACGCAUCCUGGCCAGCAUGCCCAGUCGUACCAUUGGCCGCAGCCGGGGUGCCGUCAUCUCCCAGUACUACAACCGCACCGUGCGGCUGCGGCGCCGGAGCAGCCGGCCGCUGCUCGGGGAAAUGUCGCGCUCAGCCAGGCCCAGCCUCCGCCUGUACGACCUGGAGCUGGACCCUGCAGCUGGCGAGGAAGAGGAGAAGCUGAACCUCCUGGUGAAGGAGCUUCAGGGCCUGUCAGUGGCCCAGCGAGACCACAUGCUCCGGGGGAUGCCCGUGAACCUGGCGGAGAAGCGCUGCCUACGGGACAAGAGCCAGACCCUGAGGGGGAUGCGGAGGGGACAGCAGCACCGUGGUGGGGUGUGUUCCUGUUGCAGCCGGCUCGGAUACGCCUGUGUCCUGGCCUCGCACAGCCUGGGGCUCGUGCUGCUCUCGGGCCUGCACGCCCUGGCGCCGUGGCGCUUCGCGCUGAAGCAGAUCGGAGGCCAGUUCGGCUCCAGCGUGCUCUCCUACUUCCUCUUCCUCAAGACGCUGCUGGUCUUCAACGCCCUUCUGCUGCUGCUGCUCCUGGCCUUCAUCGUGGGCCCGCAGGCUGCCUUCCCGCAGGGCCCAGUCCCCACCGCCUUCAUGGGGCUGGAGCUCCUCACGGGCGGGGGUGGCUUUGCCCACACUGUCAUGUACUACGGCUACUACAGUAAUGCCACGCUGAACCAGCCGUGCGCCCCACAGCCCAAUGGCAGCCAGUGUACCCCCAGGGCGGGCAGCCUGCCCUACAACAUGCCCCUGGCCUACCUGUUCACUGUGGGGGCAGCUGCCUUCAUCACCUGCAUCACCCUGGUGUACAGCAUGUCCCACUCUUUCGGGGAGAGCUACCGGGUGGGCAGCACCUCUGGUGUCCACGCCAUCACUGCCUUCUGCUCCUGGGACUACAAGGUGACUCAGAAAUGGGCCUCCCGCCUCCAGCAUGACAACAUCCGUACGCGGCUGAAGGAGCUGCUGGCUGCGUGGCAGCUGCAGCAGGAACCCCGCAGCAUGUGCGGGCGGCUGCGGCAAGUGGCUGUGCUGGUGCUCGUGUGGCUGCUGUGUUUGGGGACCACGCUGGGCUGUGCUGCGGCCGUCCAUGUCUUCUCGGAGGUCAUGCUUGAGAGCCCGGUGGCUGCUGGCCAGGAGGCUGCGCUGCUGGCCCUGCCCCUGGUGGUCUGCCUCCUCCACCUGGCGGCCCCAUACCUGUACCGUGGCCUGGCAGCCCUGGAGCGGCACGGCUCCCCAGUGCUGGAGGUGUACAUGGCCAUCUUCAGGAACCUGGUGCUCAAGAUGGCCAUCCUGGGCGUUCUCUGCUACCACUGGCUGGGCCGCAGGGUGGCUGCCCUCAGGGACCAGUGCUGGGAGGACUUUGUGGGCCAGGAGCUGUACCGUUUCGUGGUGAUGGACUUCAUCUUCGCACUUCUGGACACGCUUUUUGGGGAGCUUGUGUGGAGGUUCAUCUCUGAGAAGAAGCUCAAGAGGAGGCGGAAGCCUGAGUUUGACAUAGCCCGGAAUGUUCUGGACCUGAUUUAUGGGCAGACUCUGAUCUGGCUGGGGGUCCUCUUCUCGCCCCUCCUCCCUGCCAUACAGAUUAUCAAGCUGCUGCUCCUGUUUUACGUCAAGAAGACCAGCCUGCUGGCCAACUGCCAGGCGCCCCGCAGGCCCUGGCUGGCGUCGCACAUGAGCACGCUCUUCCUCACGCUGCUCUGCUUUCCGUCCUUCCUGGGCGCCGCUGUCUUCCUGAGCUACGUCGUCUGGCAGGUGAAGCCCUCGAGCACCUGCGGCCCCUUCCGGACGCUGGACUCCAUGUAUGAGGCAGGCAGGCUGUGGGUGCGCCAGCUGGAGACGGCGGGGUCCAGUGUCUCCUGGCUGUCCUGGUUGUACCAGCACCUGGUGGAGGACACAGUCUUCAUCUUCCUGGUGUCAGCCCUGCUGCUGGCUGUCAUCUACCUCAACAUCCAGGUGGUGAAGGGUCAGCGGAAGGUCAUCUGCCUCCUCAAGGAGCAGAUCAGCAACGUUACGCGGAUAAUGCGUGGAAUUUGGAUUAGGUGGUGGCACAGACAUGCCACAGCCGGGCUUGCGAUCUGCAGAGCCCUGCCUGCUGGGACCGGGUCUCCGCGUGGAGGCGAUUCUAGCCCCAGGCAGGACACGUGGCGUGUUUUAGGGCGUGCGGCCCCCUGUGGGUACAGACAGUCUCUGAGGAUUUUUGCGAUACUGGAAGUGGCUUUCGGACUUCCACCGGCGGGGGGGACCCAUGUUGGAACACGGACCCUGCUCAGUGCUCUCAUUUUAUAAGCAGGUGGAAUAAGGCAGGAUCG